AGAAAACAAAGAUAACUUAGAGAAAAUGAAAAAUGCAUGCUGGGCUGCAUGGUGGCACUUUCGAAGUACAGAUCAAAACCCACAUCAUUGUCUUUGCAAUCCUGACCGUUGUGGCAUGUACAAAGAUUCAAAAUUCACACAUGAAGGUGUAGAGUUUUCUCUAAUACACUUUAUUUCUACAGAGAUAUCUCAAACGUUUGUUCUUAGGACACAAUCUACCAGCUACUGUAUGUGACGCAAUUCGUCCUGCUUACGAUGAUUUGUGUUCAGAAAACAGCCUAGCUCAAGUUUUGGAUGGCGGUACCACUAAUCCUAAUGAGAGUUUCCAUCGUAUUAUUUGGAGUUUGUGCUCAAAAAAGAGAUAUCACAUUCGAAAACAUGUUCAACUAGCGGUUGAUCUGACUGUUAUUAUUUAUAAUGACUGUUAUAUUGGACUAACUCCUGUUUUAGAAAAACUCGGUAUACAAUGUAAAAAUAUUCCAGCAUUUACCAAAAUGAUAACAUUAGUCGACAAAGAAAGAAUCAUUGAAGAUCAGCAAUAUGAACCUGAACGGCGGCAUGAGAAACGCACAAGAGCUCGUACAUCACGGUUGCUAAUAGAAUCUACUUUAAGAUCAAAAGAUCCGAACAAAUAUGGGCCCGGAAUUGGAUAA